UUGGGCGCUUUUUCUAUAUAAAAGACUCGGUCCCGGUAAAAUCGCGAGUACACUUGCGAAUUUCAGGUUGAUUAAAACGAGGAUGAAUCAUCGCGUUUAUUUCGCGGUGCUUUUGGUUCUUCAAUUGGCGGUCUUCAUCAACGCUGAAACCCAACCGAAAGGGGAAUUACCGGAUGUGAUUCGGAGGAAGGUGCAGAAACUGAUCGAUGAGAAGAAAAUUAAGCGCGAUUAUGAGCCGUACGUUGAGCCUGAAUUGAAAGAUGAAGAAGAAUACGAUUUCGUAAUCGUUGGUUCCGGCUCGGGAGGUUCCUCAUUAAUAAACCGACUUUCCGAAAUCAAAAAAUGGAAGAUUCUCGUUUUAGAAGCGGGGGGAGAUCCAGACAUUCUCACCGACAUGCCCAUUUGGGCCCCUUUGGCUCAUUUCACAGACCAAAAUUGGCGCUUUUACACCGAGCAAGAAGACAAUUUCGCUUUGGGAUUUAAAAAUAAACGGAUGCAUUGGCCUCGCGGGAAAGGAAUCGGGGGAUCAUCACUUUUAAAUUACAUGGUGUUCUCGAGGGGUGCUAUUUAUGAUUACGACCGUUGGGGAUCGUUAGGUAACCCUGGGUGGAGCUACAAAGAGUUAUUACCAUAUUUUAAAAAAAUGGAAAGAUGUAAAAUCGGGGUUAAAGACGAUGAAGUUCGAGGGAAACAAGGAGAGCUUCACGUUGAAGAUUCGAAACAUCGCACGAAAGGGGUCGAAAUUUUCUUGGAGGCUGCUAAAGCCUCGGGGUAUAAGUACGUCGAUUACAACGGGAAAGAACACGUUGGGGUUUCUUACGUUCAAUCAACCACGAAAGACGGGUUGAGGUGUUCCGGGGAGCGCUGUUUCAUUCGCAACGCUAAAAACCGCGACAACUUAACGAUUCGCACAAAGAGCCACGUCACCAAAGUCAUUAUCGAUGAAAACAAGAAAGCUAAAGGAGUCGAAUUCGUUAAGAACGGAAAAACUUACAAAGUUUUCGCCAAAAAGGAAGUUAUUUUAUGCGCGGGCGUUAUCAACUCUGCGCAUCUUUUAAUGUUAAGCGGGGUAGGGCUAAAAUCUGAGUUGGAAAGGUUUGGAAUUGAGGUGAAACAAGAUUUACCCGUCGGAAAAAAGAUUUAUGAUCAUCCCGCUUAUUGGGGAUUAACAUUUACGGUUAACGAAAAAUUAGAUGUUGAUAGAGCCAAGUUAUUCGACGACGAAACUUAUAUCAACUUAUAUAAUAAAGGAACUGGGUCUCUGCAUAACACCGGGGGUUUAGAAGGAGUCGUUUUUUCAACAACAACCGCCACAACCCACAAGAAUUUAUCUGAUAUUGAAAUUCUAUAUUGGUCAACUCAUUUGGGGUCCCAAAACGAUUACGGAUUAGGAGCCUCGAUGGAAUUAUCGCCCGAAAUUUACAACAAAAUCUAUUUACCAUUAAAAAAUAAAAACAUAUUGAGCGCAUUCCCCAUCCUAAUGCGCCCAGAAUCUUAUGGACGCCUCGAAUUGCGCUCCAAAGAUCCGUUUAAAUACCCAAAAAUUUACGGCGGAUAUUUCACCGAUCCCAAAGGGGUAGAUAUGAAAACGAUGAUCGCUGGAAUUCGCGAAACAAUCCGCAUAUUCACCGCGGAACCUUUCCAAAAAUACGACGUAAAAGUCGUUGAUACGAAAAUACCCGGUUGUGAGGAGUUUUUGUAUGACACCGAUCAAUAUUGGGAGUGCGCCGUGAGGCAUUUAACUUCGACUCUUUACCAUCACACGACAACGUGCAAAAUGGGGCCGAAAAAUGACCCGGAAGCCGUGGUUGAUCACCGAUUGAGAGUUUAUGGGAUUGAGAAUUUGAGAGUUGCAGAUACGAGCGUUAUUCCGGUACAAAUAACCGGGCACACUAACGUUCCUGCUUAUUUGGUGGGCGAAAAAGCAGCGGCUUUGAUUAUUGAGGAUCAUAUCGAGAAGGAUAACUUAAAAGUUGAGCUUUAAUUUUUUUCUUAAUUAUAAAAAUUAAUCAAUUUAAUUUUAUAAUAAAUUAAAAAAUUA